CUGGAGGCAGACUCGAAAUCGGAUCGUAACGGCACCGCGGAGCGCCAUCUGUCGGAGCUGGAGCGCACGACCCGGUUGGUGCAGCAGCUGGAGUCGGUCGAGACGGAGUACGAGUCGAUUAUCAACAAGCUGCCGCGGGACUGCAGCCAGAUCGAGCGGCUCCGAGGGGCCGGCCGGCCGGCGGAGCAGACGGGCGACGGGGGCCUGUACCUGAUAGCGCCGGCCGAGCAGCACCACCCGCUGAUGACGCAGUGCUUCGGCGAGUGGACGACGGUCCAGCGGCGCCAGGACGGCACGGUCGACUUUAACCGCUCGUGGGAGGAGUACGCCGGUGGGUUCGGGACGCCGGCGGGCGAGUUCUGGAUCGGCAACCAGGCGCUGCACCACCUGACGCAGGACAACUGCUCGCGGUUGCGCAUCGUCAUGCAGGACAUCUACGACCACACCUGGCACGCGGACUACGCCACGUUCCGGAUUGCGGGCCGCGAGGCCGGCUUCCGGCUCGAGCUGGGCGGCUACAGUGGCAACGCUUCGGACGCGUUCGAGUACCAGAACCGGAUGCAGUUCUCGGCCAUCGACGUCGACCGGGACAUCUCGAACACGCACUGCGCCGGCAACUACGAGGGCGGCUGGUGGUUCUCCCACUGCCAGCACGCCAACCUGAACGGCCGCUACAACCUCGGCCUCACCUGGUUCGACGCGUCCCGCAACGAGUGGAUCGCGGUCAAGUCGAGCCACAUGAUGAUUGCUCGCCGCGCGGACUGCGACCACCCAACGCCGCCGCCGCCGACCGAAGGGCCAGCCAGGGAUGGUCCAUCGACCCCACCGACCAGCGCCGCGGGCUCACACCGGGUGACCGGACGGCCACUCGAUACAACGCCCACGGCCGCCACCGCCGCCGUCGGCAGUCCUUCGGCACUAUCUUAA